CAGUAACUAGAAAAAUGUAUUUAAGUUUGGAAUUAAGGGAGCGGUAAGAUCAAACAAAGUAUUCGAUAAGUGGGUAACUAAAAGCCUCUUUAUCGCAUUCUUAAACCUUUCGCAUGUCUCACUUAGGGCUCUCUUUAGUAAGGUCACACUUAACUAAGAAUACGUGGAAUCCGGAAUCUCCGCCUUCGUUUUUUUGACUGAGUUACCUGUCGAGUCAAGCAAACGUUUUAAUCGAUUAUAAAAAUAUAACAAAGCAUCCUUUUGACACUGUCUUACUUUCGUUUUGUAACAUAAACAAAAGCAGACGACAAAAAUGGAGAAAUCAAGCAACAGUAAGCGGCCGCGAAAACCGAAUUUCUCGCUCUCAGAGCUUGAAAUUUUAGUAGAAGAAGUAAGUAAAAACAGGGAUGUAUUAAUGGGGAAGUUUACAGACAGUAUUACAAACGAAAAAAAGAAGAGAAUCUGGACAUUGAUAGCAACAAAGAUCAACGCCUCAUCCCAGGCAUGCAGGUCCAUGGAUGACGUAAAGAAGAAGUGGCAAGAUUGGUCAAGUAGCGUAAAGGGAAAGGCCAGUAAAUAUGAAAAAGAGAGAAACAGAACAGGCAGUGGACAAAUGACGGAACCGGCACUGACACCACUAGAAGAGAAAGUCUUGGCCGUGCUUGGAGUGACAGCUGUAGAAGGGAUAGCAACUGAAAUGGCAGAUACUUUUAUUGAAAGGUCAGUAGAAACAGAUGUAGAGAGGGUUGAAUCUACCGAAUCACAAGACGUCAAUGUUUCUGCUAUUAGUACUGAAGACGCUCAAAUAGAAAUCGAACGAAUUUGGGAUAGAUCAAUAAAUGCAGUGAUAGAACGAAACAACGAUGUGCCAAGUGUGUCAAAUUCGCCCUCCUCCACACCAAGCACUAGUCAGAGUACGCAACCAGUUUCAUCAUGUGGCAGCAAAAAGCGAAAACUAACACGUGACUUUACUGAUGAUGAGUCAAAGAUAUAUGCAUUGGAAAAGGAAAAGAUUAAUAUUGAAAAACAAAGAUUAGAAAUAGAAAAGGAACGACUAAAGAUAGAAAAAUCAAGGCAACAAUGUGAACAACAAAUCCUAAAUGUCUUACAACGAUAUCUUGGUGCAAACUAUGACGAACAGCAGUUCCAAACAGAUGAUGAGGAUGUUCCAUUCACAUUUACAUGUCUUUAAGUCCAGAGAAAAAUGUUCUCAAUAUGUUUAUGGAGAAAACCUGAUGGAUCACUGGUUAAAUAAGAAACCUAUGCAAGGAGAAAAAGAUUUGGCAGUGUUCUUAGUAGAUGCUGACAGCCCGUGCACUACACGAAUGGUGACACCAUUAUCCAGUUUUUCAUCACCUGGUUCAUUGAACUCAGUUUUUGGUAGCAGUCUUGUGUCGUUAGGUUCUCGGGAGAUUCAAGUAUCGCCCCAUUGUACUUUAUUGUUUGAAGAAUUCCAUCAUAAAGUUAUGUUUCUGUUAUCUCAAGCAGCAUUUGAUCCAGAACAGAUUUCUGAUGACGUUUUGUUUUUGUAAUAUCUUCAUUAGACUGAUGACUGAGUUGAUCUGAUUAUGCACAAGUGCAUAAAGAAAUACAAGAAAUACUCAACAAUUGUAACCCUUCUAGUCAAGUUUAUUUUGGACAUUUAUGUUCUGUUAACAUUGUUUGCUCAGGAAUCAAUUAAUAGACAAUGUACCUUUUAUGUAAUGUAUAUUGUUCCAAGGACAAUCACUAGUUUUUCAUU